CAAUAGAGGGCGCUCCCUCCGCAACGACGUCAUGUCAGGUUAUAGAAGAAGAACUAGCGGCGUUCUGUGGAAAACAAUCAUGGCGAUGGAGAGCGAUGUGCAGUGUGAGAUAGAAGUGCUGCAGUCCAUCUACUUGGAGGACCUGCAGGUCACCAGGACACAGGACAGGCGCUGGGAGGUCAGCCUGGUUCUGUAUCCGUCCACAGCCGAGGAUUCUGGCUCUCAGUUUGUCCGACUCACCUUGACGUUGACCCUGGAUGAGCAGUACCCGUGCUCGUCUCCACACAUCUCCAUCCACAACCCGCGAGGUCUGUCAGACGACAAGCUGAGCAGUGUGCACAAAUGUCUGCAGAUGGAGGCGGAGUCGUGUGUCGGCUCGCCCGUCUUGUAUCAGCUGAUUGAGGUCACGGGCUUACUGUUUACCACCUCAAACAGGAAGUGCAGGCAAAGCGGACUCACAUUUUAUUAUUUAUUCUGUGUCCCCCAGAAAGCAAAAGAAAUCCUGACUGACAGCAACAUUCCUCAUGGAAACUGUGUCAUCUGCCUCUACGGCUUCAAGGAGGGGGAGACGUUCACCAAGACCCGCUGCUAUCACUACUUCCACUCACACUGCCUGGGCCGCUACGCCAGCCACUCGGAAAAGGAGCUCCGCCUCCUAGAGAAGGAAAUGGCAGAGGACAAGACCGCAGCACGCCAUCAGGAGCUGACAGUGGUAUGUCCCGUGUGCCGCGAGCCUCUGGCCUACGACCUGGAUCAGCUGCUGGCCAGCACCGCCCCCCACCUGCCCGAGUUGGACGGCGCGGCCAUCGAGUCCAGCUUUCAACAGAAGUGGCGAGAGCUUCAGAAGGUUCUGGAGAGACAGCGGAGGAGAGGUGGCGUCAUCGACCCCGAGGUGGAAUCCAACCGUUUCCUCAUCCACAUCAACGAGGCGCCACUGUCACCCAUUGAUGUAGAAGCCGUCCAGCACCCCCCGCUACCCUCCACCUCGCAGCAGUGUCCUCCGCCAUCACAGCACUGUACUCCUGCACCGACACACUGCCGAGGCGCUCAGGCCCACAAGCGCCACAGUCAUGGCAGGGGUCAAAGGAGAGGCGGCGGGCCCAGACCGCAUCACGGUAGGGGUGCGCCCAUCACGGAACACCUGGACCGACUCCGUCUGUCCUCAUACGCCUCCGAGGGGCCACUGCGCGCCAACGCUGAGGAACGCACAGACGUGAAAGACACGUGUGAGGCAGUCCGCUCUGAACCAAACGCGAACCAUUUCACGCUUCUUCAGGCAGGAAGUGACAGCCUCAAGUGUGCUGCAGGGGGGCGGGCCCAGCGUGGAAGAAGAAGAGGACCCCACCCACAGCACUCUACCCGUGGGGACCCCCCUCAACACCACCACUGGGACCCCCGAGCUCCAAGAGGGGGGGCACCCCACCAGCAGAGGGUGGGGGGCAGAGAGGAGAGGCUAUGACCAAAGGCCACACCAGGUCAAGAGAACAUCCACAACACACACACUCUCAUUCAUUCAUUAAAUUUCUCUGGAAGCAUUAGUGUGGUUGUUUAUUUUCAUGUCCUGUCUG